AUGGCGGGCGCCAAAACAUGGCGACCCCUGCGCCUUUCAGGAGAAGGCGAAUUACCACCGCUCCUGGUUGCCUUUGAGACAAAGGCAUCCGAAUAUUCAAUUCAGGUUACAGACAUGGCUCAUGUAUGGACCGAGUCGAUGGAGAGGAAAGCUAUUUGCAUGAGAGCAUGGAAAGAAGAUACGAGCAUCGACCCGAGCGAUACGCCUGAGAAUAUGGGCAAGUUUCUCCAGACGCUCCGGGGUGCGCUGGAUGAGACGGCUGAUGGGCAUGAUGAAGCCACUUUUACGCUUUCGCCAGGAUCAUCGGCGGAUUCUGGAAAAGAAGGCUUAAAGUUGGUGGCCACUUGCCAGCUCGCCGGAUUUGAGCCCCUGGAAUGGCCAUUCCAUUUGAAGAAGUCAUCAUCUAUUGCCAUUACAAACGAGUUUGCGAUCCCCAUUGUUGAGGAUCUCUACUUCAGGAGCCGCCAAGUGGACAUGUUGAUACAGACAUUAGCGCACAAAGAUGCGGUAAUUGCCAAGCUCUCUGACAAGCUCGAAGCUACCGGCACAGGCUUGGAGCAUGUAUUUACAGCGCUCUCAGGCCGCAAAAAGGUGACGCGAGAGACUGCGGAUGGCAAAAUCAGAGGUCUCGCGCCAUUCAACGAGCAAAAGAUGAAUGAUGAGCUCCGUAACAACGCUGAUCAGCCUGGCGACGUGACCGACUUGGUGCAAAGAGUCUUUGGCGGCAAUUCGGGACUACCUGGUAUGUCAAUGAACUUUGCAUCCAGCAACCUGGACGGCUGGUGGCGCAGCUUCAGUAGCAAAACAAGUCUACCGCAUCGCACUGCUUCUACAGAUGAUAAUCAAACAGGAGCCCCGGACUCAGCAGAACCCUCCUCGCCCCCAGACGUCAACGAUGUGACGAUGGGCGAUGAUGACGACAAUGACGACGAGUUUCAGAUCCAAUCUACUCCAUUACGUCUCAUGCCAAAGACCGAGACUGGCCGAGGCAAAGACGCUCAUACACAGCAGAGCUCGCCUGCAAAAGCCGUCAAGGCAGAGCAUGCGUCAUCUCAGGAGCCGAAGAAAGUUGGCCGCAUCGGCGCAAUAGGCGGCAAGAAAUCGGUACCACCUCCAUCGCCGCCGCCCAAGGCCGUCAGCCCACCCCCUCCCAAGACCAAGGAAGCCAUGGCAGAUGACAACGAGACCGCAUCAGAAACGGCUAGUGACGUAGACGAGACUGCUUCUCUUCCUGACGAGGCCGCAUCAUCACCACCACCUGCUGACUCGUCCCCUCCUCGUUCCCCUCCAUCCUCCUCUGCGCCUGCAAAAAAGAGCGGUCUGGGCCGCAUUGGUGGAAAACCAAAACGGCCGGUGCAUGAUGCAGGGAUAAUAGAGGAUGACGCUGUUUCUGCAGCAACAACCAAGGGCGAGGAAGAGGCUGGUUCGACUGCGCCCAAGAGGUUGGGCGUCAUUGGCAAGCGGGCUGGAGCCGGAACAGCGCCGUCGGCAGAUGUGACAAGGGAUGACGCGCGGCGUGGCCGUGCAACGUCUCGCAAUGCAUCAGCAGCAGAGGCUAGGGAGGAGAAGAAGAAGGAGACAUCGUUGGAACGCGCGGAUAGAAAGCGGGAGGAACUAAAAAGGGAGCUGGAGAAGAAGGCAGCGGCUGGACCAGCAAAGAAGAAGAGGAGGUUCUAA